CUCUGAAAAAUAAAAAUACUGUAAAAAUAAAAAGACAGAAAGAGAGGAGAGAGAAAGAGAGGAAGAAGGGUGGAGGAGAGAGAAAGAGAGAAAUCGAAAUCUGAUAGUUGGGAAUGUUGGAAAUGAAAAGCUGACAUUUUUCAUAGAAAUCCGCUAACCCUUUUUUGUGCUGUGUUUUUUGGUUGAUCUUUUGUAUAAUUUUUCUCAAAUUCGAUCGAAAAAUCAAACUAUUUCUUGAUGAAGGAGGAGUAGUGAAACUCUGAAGAUUUUCGCCCUUUUUGAUUUUGACCUAGAAGAAAGAAAAUCAGGAGAGAGAAAGCGAUGAACGGCGGCGAUGUAGGUGCCGGAGUUGUUGGUGGUGGUGAAGUUUCCGGCGUCGGACCACCGCCAUCUCCGUUGGACUGGAAAUUCUCUCAGGUCUUCGGUGAAAGGGCAGCUGGUGAAGAAGUUCAGGAAGUUGAUAUCAUUUCAGCUAUAGAGUUCGAUAAAACUGGAGACCAUUUAGCUACUGGUGACCGUGGGGGCAGGGUGGUUUUAUUUGAGAGAACAGACACAAAGGAUCAUGGCAUUGGUAGAAGGGAUAUGGAGAGGAUGGACUAUCCAAUUAGUAGGCAUCCAGAGUUUCGUUAUAAAACUGAGUUUCAGAGUCAUGAGCCUGAGUUCGACUACCUGAAGAGUUUGGAAAUAGAGGAGAAAAUCAACAAAAUCAGAUGGUGCCAAACUGCUAACAGUGCUUUGUUUCUUUUGUCUACAAAUGAUAAGACCAUUAAGUUUUGGAAGGUUCAAGAAAAGAAGGUAAAGAAGAUAGCUGACAUGAAUAUGGACCCUUCCAAAACUCCAGGGAAUAAUGGUUCUGGUUCUAGUUCAAGUGUUCCACCCAGUCCCAAGCCGUAUGUUGUGAAUGGAGGAUAUCCUGACAAAUUGCCUAAUUCUUUGAAUAAUGAGUCUUUCCCACCUGGAGGGAUCUCAUCUCUGCGUUUACCAGUGGUAGUCACCAGCAAUGAGACUAGCCUUGUUGCUAGAUGUCGGAGAGUAUAUGCUCAUGCUCAUGACUAUCACAUUAAUUCCAUUUCAAAUAACAGUGAUGGAGAGACUUUUAUAUCAGCAGAUGAUUUGCGAAUAAACCUUUGGAACUUGGAGAUAAGCAAUCAGAGUUUCAAUAUUGUUGAUGUAAAGCCCCAAAACAUGGAGGAUCUGACUGAGGUUAUUACAUCAGCUGAGUUUCACCCAUCCCAUUGUAAUACAUUGGCAUAUAGUAGCUCAAAAGGAUCAAUCCGCCUCAUUGACUUGCGGCAAUCAGCACUAUGUGAUAGUCACGCAAAAUUAUUUGAGGAACAAGAAGCGCCUGGUUCAAGAUCCUUUUUUACAGAGAUAAUUGCUUCCAUUUCAGAUAUUAAAUUUGCAAAAGAUGGGAGGCAUAUACUUAGUCGUGAUUACAUGACUCUUAAGUUAUGGGAUAUCAAUAUGGAUUCAGGUCCUGUAGCAACCUUUCAGGUCCAUGAAUAUUUAAGACCCAAGCUGUGUGACUUGUAUGAAAAUGAUUCUAUUUUUGAUAAAUUUGAGUGUUGUCUGAGUGGUGAUGGGCAGCGAGUGGCAACUGGUUCUUACAGCAAUCUUUUCCGCGUGUUUGGUUGUGCUCCUGGAAGCACAGAAGCCACAACUUUGGAGGCCAGCAAAAAUCCCAUGAGGAGACAAGUGCAAACCCCAUCAAGACCCUCCAGGUCGUUGAGCAGCAUAACACGUGUUGUUAGACGAGGAUCUGAGAGUCCUGGUGUUGAUUCAAAUGGAAAUUCUUUUGACUUCACCACUAAGUUGCUUCAUCUAGCUUGGCACCCAUCAGAAAACUCAAUUGCUUGUGCCGCGGCAAAUAGCUUGUACAUGUAUUAUGCAUAAAGAUGGCUCAGGAGGAAGAUAUAUUGUUGCUUGGCUAACUUUUUUGGGGUUGAUACUUGAGAAGGGCGGAAGACCGUUUUCCCCUUACAGCACCAACAGUAAAUUAAACGUGGCCCGUUUGCUCUGUGUUGACUCAAAAGUGCCUCCUAAACCUGCAGCUGCUGUCACAGAUUUCAUCAAGGUCAUUUUUUUAGGUCACAGCUCUGAUUAUUUAUAACCACCGGCCACAGAUUCGUUUUUGUUUAUUAUUUUUAGCCUUGGCUGCUGCUAGAAAAGAUAGGGUGCAGCUCUGUUCUUUACAAUGUGCUCGAAUGAAGCCCGGGAAAAAUUUGUGUUUGUAGCUCUCCUACAACCAAAAACUAAAAUGGAUGUUUCAUAUUGCCACUAAAAAGUCUAAGAUGAAUGUAGUCUCUUCCCUGCUUUUCCCCUUUUUUGACCUCAAAUGUUGGUGAGAAAGGAGCUGUUUAAAACAUCUAGUGAAUUGAUUUAUUUAUUUCUUUUAAGUAUGGUUAGUACAAUUUUUUUAAUCUUCUUUUCUAUUUUUUUUUUCUUUCUAUAUUUUUUCUGGGGGUAAUUAUGGUAAUAACUCUUUUAGAGGAUACUGUUGUUCUGAGUCUGACACUGUUGUAAUAUUCAGAUAGUAAUUAUUUGUUCCAAGGAUCAUACCUAUUUUUACUUCA